AUUGAAUAAAUUGUGGAUAUGGGGGACAUUCUGUCCAUUUUAGAAAUGUAGGGUCCACUCUAAUACAGUAACACCUCUUUCUGACAUGCUGUUCUGGUCCUCAUGCAUGUUAAUGACAUAAAGAGGAAGGAAAGGACAGUUCUGUAUCUUCUACUUGUGUUCUGACUACUAUAAAUAUGUAUCAACUACAGAACUGACACUUACUAGCAGUUCCCACUCACUACCAGUCAGUUGACUCACUGUACAAGACCUCUCCCCUUCAGUCUACUGCAGGGUGGGAGAUGCAACAAUGUCCUUGAGAACAGCAGGAAGUGUGUUGGUGGUCUUUCUCUGGUCUGUAGCAGUGGUACUGGGUCAGAAUGGCUGGAGUGUUACAUACCCCACUCAGAGUAUGUGUGUCUUGAAGGGGUCAACAGUUGAGCUGUCCUGCUCUAUCAGAUAUCCCAGUGGUACAGUCACAUCAACCUACUGGUUCACUAAAAAGGGGAAUCCUUUGAGUCUGAGUGAUGACUACAAAGGUCGUGUGACUUACCAUAGUGAUAAGAAGAAUGGACACACCCUGAGAAUCACAGACCUGAGAGAGAGAGACUCAGCUACGUACAAGUUCAGAUUUAUAACAGAUCAGACUGGAGGGAAAUAUACUGGUGAUCCUGGAGUCACUCUGUCUGUCACAGCUCUGCAGGUGAAGGUAACUUCUACAACUUGGGUGACAAUUACCUGUAGCACCACCUGUACUCUGACUGACAACCCCACCUACAUCUGGUACAAGAACGGACACAAAGUAAAGGAGGACACUUCCAGCCUGUACUCAGACUACUUUAAUGAUGCAGACAGUUACUCCUGUGCUGUAAAAGGCCACGAUGAUCUCAGCUCUCCUGCAGUGUACAAACCAAAGAAGACCUCAGUGUCAGUCAGUCCCUCUGGUGAAAUAGUGGAGGGCAGUUCAGUGUCUCUGACCUGCAGCAGUGAUGCCAACCCACCUGUGGACAAAUACACCUGGUACAAGAAGAAUGGAGGUGGCUAUCAGAGUAUGACAGGACCACAGCAUGUCUUCAAUCAAAUCCAGUCAUCUGACACUGGAGAGUACUACUGUGAGGCCCAGAAUGAGAUGGGGACAGACAGGUCUAGGACCAUAAACAUGGAUGUGAAGUACGGCCCAAAGAGCACCUCAGUGUCAGUCAGUCCCUCUGGUGAAAUAGUGGAGGACAGUUCAGUGACUCUGACCUGCAGCAGUGAUGCCAACCCACCUGUGGACAAAUACACCUGGUACAAGAAGAAUGGAGGUGGCUAUCAGAGUAUGACAGGACCACAGCAUGUCUUCAAUCAAAUCCAGUCAUCUGACACUGGAGAGUACUACUGUGAGGCCCAGAAUGAGAUGGGGACAGACAGGUCUAGGACCAUAAACAUGGAUGUGAAGUACGGCCCAAAGAGCACCUCAGUGUCAGUCAGUCCCUCUGGUGAAAUAGUGGAGGACAGUUCAGUGACUCUAACCUGCAGCAGUGAUGCCAACCCACCUGUGGACAAAUACACCUGGUACAAGAAGAACGUAACCUCACCAAAAGCAUCAGGACAGAGUUACAUCAUCACUAACAUCAUCUCUGAGGACAGAGGAGAAUAUUACUGUGAGGCCCAGAAUGGAAGAGGAUCUAUGAACUCUACAUCUCUGAUGAUCAUUGUAGCAGGGAAACAAACCUCAGUUAUGACUACAGCUGUAGGAAUCAUAGUGGUUGUUCUGGUUCUCAUCCUCUGUCUCUCUGGACUCAUGUGGUUCAGGAGAUCCACAGGAGGAAGUGAUGCCACAGCAGACACACAGAGUGUCCGUCCUGACUGUAACAGUGACAUGUACACAGGUCUGAACAUGAGGACCAUGUCCCCUGACUAUGACACUCUGGCAAAUGUCCAUCCUGACCCUACCAGUGACCCCAACAGUGACAUGUACACACCUCUGAACAUGAAGACCAGGUCACCAGAGUAUGACACCCUGGCAAAUGUGAGGGGAAUCUCCCUCUGAAGAGAAACACCACAGAUCCUGGACUGAAGAGAAGCACCACAGAUCCUGGACUGAAGAGAAGCACCACUGAUCCUGGCCUGAAGAGAAGCACCACAGAUCCUGGCCUGAAGAGAAGCACCACAGAUCCUGGCCUGAAGAGAAGCACCACAGAAGCUGGACAGAAGAGCUACUGUUCCAAUCCAAAGCUAGGCAUCACACAUUCUCUUGCUAUCAUAUCUAGAUGGUUUUCCAGACCAUGAACUUUAACUUUUGAGUAAAUGCUGGAAUAUACAUUUUAUUAUUUUAUUAUGAUAAUUAUGUAUAUUGAUGAUAAAUGGGUUAUGCUUCUGCUUUUUUUUCAAUGGGAUUUUUCCAUUUCCAUAUUUUUCUUGUGUACUAAUCUGUUUAAUAUCUAUAGUUGAAGUUUAUAUUUCUGAUCUUUUUCAAUGGAAUUUUGCCAUUUAGGGAUUUCUAACAUCAAUAGUCCUACUUUCCUCAGCAACUAAUAUGGAUAAUAUUGAUAAAAGCUUUUUAAUAUUUUUAGCUUUUGGGUCAAGUUUCUCCUGAUGUGUUUAAUGAUGAUUUACUUUGUAUUGCUGUCAUAUAUUAUUCCACAUUUUAUAUUUGGGGCGGCAGGUAGCCUAUAUUGGGGUGGCAGGUAGCCUAUAUUGGGGUGGAAGGUAGCCUAUAUUGGGGUGGCAGGUAGCCUAUAUUGGGGCGGCAGGUAGCCUAUAUUGGGGCG